GUUCAUCUUUCACUCUCAACCCAUCAUUUCUUAUAAAAACAUCUUCUCCUUUUCCACUCUUCCCACCCACUCCGUAACUUUGCCUUGCCAUGGCCACCAACUCCAUGGCUGGCUUGAUCACCGGUGCUCAUUCUCAUCUCUCACGUGACUCUGAUGAGCAUCAGGCUCCUACCCGUCAAGGUUCAUCAAAAACAUGUCGAGUUUGUGGUGAUGAGAUUGGAUACAAGGAAAAUGGGGAGCGGUUCGUGGCUUGUCAUGUCUGUGGAUUUCCUGUUUGUCGACCAUGUUAUGACUAUGAGAGGAGUGAAGGAAACCAGUGCUGUCCUCAAUGCAACACACGCUAUAAACGUCACAAAGGUUGUCCUAGAGUGGUUGGGGAUGAGGAUGAGAACUCUGAUGCAGAUGAUUUUGAUGAUGAGUUUCAGAUUAAGAAUCAUCGUGAAGAUCUAGAUCGGCAAUAUGAUGUUAAUCAUGUGGAAAAUGGGGACUACAAUAAAGAGAAGUUGCAUCCCAAUGGUCAAGCUUUCUCUUCAGCUGGGAGUGUUGCUGGCAAGGAUUUUGAAGGGGACAAAGAUUUCUAUAGCAACGAAGAAUGGCAAGAAAGAGUAGGAAGAAAAGAAAGAGAGCGUAGAAGAAAACGACGUCAGAAGCGUAAAUUGCUUUUGGUAGUGUCUGAGUAUGUUAUGUAUAGACGUCAAAAGUGGCCAGAACGGCCCGUUUCAUAUCCAGGAUGGCUCGUUCUGGAUCCAUUUGUCAUGUGUUAA